CCACCCAGCACCCGGACCCGCUCCGGCUCCGGCCGGCCGCCGCCUCUCCCUUCCCCGGCCCCCAGGCCCGCGCCGCCCCGGAGCGGGAGCCACAGGCGCAGGGAGGCCGACCGCGGACCUGCCAGCAGGCUCCAGAAUGGCAGAAGACGACCCAUAUUUGGGAGGGCAUGACCAAAUGUUUCAUCUGGAUCCUCUGAAUCAUACAAUGUUUAGUCCAGAAUUAUUUCAACAGGAGAUGCCACUGCCAGCAGCAGAUGGCCCAUACCUUCAAAUAUUAGAGCAACCUAAACAGAGAGGAUUUCGUUUCCGUUAUGUGUGUGAAGGCCCUUCCCAUGGAGGACUCCCCGGUGCAUCUAGUGAAAAGAACAAGAAGUCCUACCCUCAGGUCAAAAUCUGCAACUAUGUGGGACCUGCAAAGGUUAUUGUUCAGUUGGUCACAAAUGGAAAAAACAUCCACCUGCAUGCACACAGCCUGGUGGGAAAACACUGUGAGGACGGCAUCUGCACGGUGACGGCCGGACCCAAGGACAUGGUGGUCGGCUUUGCAAACCUGGGUAUACUUCAUGUGACAAAGAAAAAAGUAUUUGAAACACUGGAAGCACGAAUGACAGAUGCCUGUAUAAGGGGCUACAAUCCCGGCCUUCUGGUGCAUCCUGAUCUUGCCUAUCUGCAGGCAGAAGGUGGAGGAGACCGGCAGCUCACAGAUCGGGAAAAAGAAAUCAUCCGCCAGGCAGCUCUUCAGCAGACGAAGGAGAUGGACCUCAGCGUGGUACGGCUCAUGUUUACAGCUUUCCUUCCAGACAGUACCGGCAGCUUCACGCGGCGCCUGGAACCCGUGGUGUCGGACGCCAUCUACGACAGCAAAGCUCCCAAUGCGUCUAACUUGAAAAUAGUAAGAAUGGACAGGACAGCUGGAUGUGUAACUGGAGGGGAAGAGAUUUAUCUUCUCUGUGACAAGGUUCAGAAAGAUGACAUCCAGAUUCGAUUUUAUGAAGAGGAGGAAAAUGGUGGAAUUUGGGAAGGAUUUGGAGAUUUUUCCCCCACGGAUGUUCAUAGACAAUUUGCCAUUGUCUUCAAAACUCCAAAGUAUAAGGAUGUCAACAUUACAAAACCAGCCUCUGUGUUCGUCCAGCUUCGGAGGAAAUCUGAUUUGGAAACUAGCGAACCAAAACCUUUCCUCUACUAUCCUGAAAUCAAAGAUAAAGAGGAAGUGCAGAGGAAACGACAGAAGCUGAUGCCCAAUUUCUCGGACAGUUUUGGCGGUGGUAGCGGCGCUGGAGCUGGAGGCGGGGGCAUGUUUGGCAGCGGUGGUGGAGGCGGGGGUGCUGGAAGUACCGGCCCAGGGUAUGGCUUCCCCCACUAUGGAUUCCCCACAUAUGGUGGAAUUACCUUCCAUCCUGGAACCACUAAAUCUAAUGCUGGGAUGAAGCAUGGAACCAUAGACACCCCAUCUAAAAAUGACCCUGAAAGUUGCGGCAAGAGUGAUGACAGAGAGGUUGUAAAUCUCUCCGAGCAAGCAACAGAAACCACAGAACAAGAUGGAGAGUCCUGCAAGGGGGGCACUGAGGCUAACUUGACGUGCUCGGUGGGAGUGAGAGAAGAGAACUGCAGCUUCCAGGAUAACCUCUUUCUGGAGAAGGCCAUGCAGCUGGCCAAGCAGCACGCCAAUGCCCUCUUUGACUACGCAGUGACAGGAGACGUGAAGAUGCUGCUGGCUGUCCAGCGCCAUCUCACCGCCGUGCAGGAUGAGAACGGGGACAGUGUCUUACACUUGGCAAUCAUCCACCUUCAUAAUCAGCUUGUGAGAGAUCUGCUGGAAGUCACAUCUGGCUUGAUUUCUGAUGAAAUUAUCAACAUGAGAAAUGAUCUCUACCAGACCCCGCUGCACCUGGCAGUAAUCACCAGACAGGAAGCUGUGGUGGAGGACUUGCUGCGGGCUGGUGCUGACCUGAGCCUUCUGGACCGCUUGGGUAACUCUGUUUUGCACCUCGCUGCCAAAGAAGGACAUGAUAAAAUUCUCGGUAUUUUACUCAAGCACAAAAAGGCAGCACAACUUAUUGACCAUCCCAACGGGGAAGGUCUGAAUGCCAUCCAUGUAGCCAUGAUGAGCAACAGCUUGCCGUGUCUGCUGCUGCUGAUGGCUGCGGGGGCCGAUGUCAACGCCCAGGAGCGGAAGUCGGGGCGCACGGCGCUGCAUCUGGCCGUGGAGCACGACAACAUCUCCUUGGCUGGCUGCCUGCUCCUGGAGGGUGAUGCCCACGUGGACAGCACCACUUAUGACGGAACUACACCCCUGCACAUAGCGGCCGGGAGAGGGUCCACCAGGCUGGCGGCUCUUCUCAAAGCAGCAGGAGCAGAUCCCCUGGUGGAGAACUUCGAGCCUCUGUACGAGCUAGAUGACUCCUGGGAUGAGGAUGGAGAGGAUGAAGGGGUCGUACCGGGAACCACUCCUCUGGACAUGGCCACCAGCUGGCAGGUAUUUGACAUAUUAAAUGGGAAACCCUAUGAGCCAGAGUUUACAUCUGAUGAUUUGCUGGCACAAGGAGACAUGAAACAGCUGACUGAAGAUGCAAAGCUGCAGCUCUACAAGUUGCUAGAAAUUCCUGAUCCAGACAAAAACUGGGCUACUCUGGCACAGAAAUUAGGUCUGGGGAUACUGAACAACGCCUUCCGGCUAAGUCCCGCACCUUCCAAAACCCUCAUGGACAACUACGAGGUCUCCGGGGGCACCAUAAAGGAGCUGGUGGAGGCCCUGAGACAGAUGGGCUACACCGAGGCCAUUGACGUGAUCCAGGCAGCCUUCUGCAGCACAGACACCAGCCCGGCCAAGACCACCUCUCAAACCCAUUUGCUGCCGUUCGCCCCCACCUCCAAAAGGCCACAGAUAGACGAGCCCCGGGACGACAGCAUCUGUGACAGUGGUGUAGAGACCUCCUUCCGCAAACUCAGCUUCACGGAGUCUCUGACCAGCGGCACCUCCUUGCUAACUCUUAACAAAGUGCCCCAUGACUACGGGCAGGAAGGACCUAUAGAAGGCAAAAUUUAGCCCGCUGGCAGUUUCCGACACCGAGGACACCAAAGCUCGGAAGCUCCACCGUGUCGCCCGGAGGAAGGAGCUGCACUCAAGGGUGCUCCGAGGAACACAGGCCCGCCUGGCUCACUCUGGGUGUAGUUCCAGGCCUUUUAAACGUGGAUUUCUUCUUUGGUUCUGAGAUGAAUUUUAGUUGACGAUAGUAUCCACAGUCACAGCCUGCGGCUGGGCUGGUGCCCCGCUGGGAGCGCGGUAGCUUGUUGAGCUUUACCAGCUGCUUUCUGUCGUCAUUGCUGCUGCCCCUCUGCUGCUUGCCCGCUCUCAUUACAAGUUGUCACACCCCCACCUGGCCUUCCUUCUGGCUGUCCACAGCACAGCUGUGCACUCAGAUCAAGGAUUAUGGAAAGGGAUGUUUUAAAAUGAGACUGACUUUGUAUGAUUUUCAAAGACUCAUUUCCCUGAGUCUUUGAGAACUUCCCUGGGGGCUCAGUGGUUAGUAUCUGGAGCUUCCACUGCAGGGGGCACGGGUUCCAUCCCUUCUUGGGGAACUAUUGAUAAGAUUCUACAAACCAGGUGGCAAGAAAAAGGAAAAAAAAAAGCUCAAUGCUUUUUCUAAUGUGAUUUGAGGAAGGAACAUGUACAUGUCAAUAUUUAAACAUGAUUACAAUCAAUGCUGAAAAUGGUAUUUCCUCCCUUUUCUGCAUUUUGCUAUUGUAAAUAUGUUUUUUUAGAUCAAAUACUUUUAAAGGAAAAAAUGUUGGAUUUAUAAAUGCUAUUUUUUAUUUUACUUUUAUAAUAAAAGGAAAAGCAAAUUAA